AUGAAGGCAUCCAAAUAAUUUAUAAUGCAGUUUUAAAACUUUUUAUAUAAAUGUGUUCUAACACAUUAUAUUUUAACAUUUACAUUUCUAAAAUAAGAAAAAAAUGACUUCUGCUCUUUAUUUAGAACAUUACCUGGAUAGCUUGGAACAUUUACCUGUGGAAUUACAACGCAACUUUACUUUAAUGAGGGAAUUGGACUCGAGAGCACAGGGCUUGAUGAAAAAUAUUGAUUCUCUAGCAGAUGAAUACCUUAGAAAUCAAAAAACGCUCACUAGCGAUCAAAAAAAAGAACGGUUAGACAAAAUUCAAGGUUUAUUUAAUAAGGCUAAGGAAUACGGAGAUGAUAAAGUACAAUUAGCAAUACAAACAUAUGAAUUAGUUGAUAAACAUAUUCGUAGGUUAGAUAACGACCUGGCAAGAUUUGAGUCUGAGAUCCAGGAUAAAGCAUUGAACGCACGUAAUCAAGAGGAACCUACUGUUGGCAAAAGAGGUAGGAAAAAAAUAAAAGAUGGGAAAAUGGAUAAAAAGAAACGACCUGGUAAUUCCAGUGAAGAAGAUUCUACAGGUACAGUUAAGGGAAGUAAAAAAAAGAAACAAAAAGGUGCAGGAGGAGGUGGUACAUCAGGAGGAACUGCAGCUAGUGGUGCAAAAGUUGCGGCAGGUGAGGUAGCUGAAGCUGUUGCUGCUGUAUUGCCAGGUUUAGCUGGUAUAGCCCAUCCUAGUGACGUUUUAGACAUGCCCGUUGAUCCCAAUGAACCUACUUACUGUCUAUGCCAUCAAGUAUCUUAUGGAGAAAUGAUAGGUUGUGACAAUCCAGAUUGUCCUAUUGAAUGGUUCCAUUUUGCAUGUGUUGGAUUGACAACAAAACCAAAAGGAAAAUGGUAUUGUCCAAAAUGUACUCAAGAUAGAAAGAAAAAGUGAUGGUAUCAUACUAAAUAUGCUGCCAUCCCAUAUUGUCUUUGUGCUGAAUUAAGAUAAGAUAUGAUUUAUGAUGUGUCUCAAAUUGCAUGUAAUUUAUUUAAUAUUUAUCAUAUAGAUCCUAUUGAUCAUAAUUUUUUUAUAUACUUUUUUUAUCUUUAAAUAUAUUAUUGUUAUAUAUAUUUAUAUAUAUAUAUGUUGAUAUAUAAGAGUAGCAAAGUCUUAUUGUUCUCUUAAUAAACUUUUU